CAUCCCUGCCGACUUUUGCAGCUGGAUAUCAGAUUUCCUUGGGGAACGGUCGAUUCGAGUAGUCAUUGAAGGCUGCUCAUCUGACUUGAUGGCUAUUGAUGCUGGAGUUCCUCAAGGGUCUGUUCUCUCGGCGACUCUUUUCCUGCUACACAUCAAUGACCUAUUGGUCCCGGGUAUAGUUGGGUAUGCAGAUGACAGUACAGUUACCGAGAGAUAUCUGUCUAGCGCAAGAGACGGCAGGGAAGAUAUUCGUUCGCUGAGAGAGGCUAUGGUAGAGCGAACGAACCUGACCUUAAGUCUUGUUGCCCAGUGGGGUGACAACAAUCUGGUCAGCUUCAACGCCACCAAAACGCAGGCCUGUCUUUUUUCCGCAAAAAGGAGUCCAUUUGAUCUGACUCCUACUUUUCGGGGUGUAUCUGUCCCAGUUACCGACCGCCUAGAGCUUCUUGGCAUGACAUUAAGCGCAAACCUCAACUUUGGCGCUUCUAUAGAGUCUAAAGCGCAAACUGCAGCCAAGAAGCUGGGUAUCCUUAACAAGGUGAAGCGAUACUUCUCGCCUGGACAGCUUUUAACCUUAUAUAAAGCGCAGGUCCGGUCUUGCAUGGAGUAUUGCAGUCACCUGUGGGAUGGCUCAGCGAAAUACCAACUAGAGGCUCUUGACUCGAUUGAUCGCAGAGCCAGGAGGCUUAUUGGAGACGAUGAGCUCGAAUAUAAACUUCAUAGUUUAGCCCAUCGGCGAAAGGUCCCCGACCACGCGCCGCAGGCCGAGCCCGACCCCUUCGUGUGCUAG